AUGCGAAUUUACAUGUUUUCAAGAUCAUUAUUUGCAUGCAUUGCAGCUACCCUUGUAGCAGUGUUGGCAUCAUCGCUGGAGGGUGGGCUUGAACCCACGGAAGAAACUAAUACAGGCCUACUGCAAGAGGUGCUUGAUCCGCUUGGUCAGGGCGCAAAGGAUGGGAGUUUAGAGACCAAACCCAUCUGUAGGCCUACAGGACAGAUUCAAGAUGCAUGCUCGGAUUAUGAAAGCGUGGAAGAAUGGAACUCUCAGUACAUGUUUGAACGUCUGGACAAUUUGCGCAAGACCAAAUACUUCCGCUACUUUGUUGUAGACUUGUUCCGAGAAUGUCCGUUUUGGAAAGAAGAAGGGAUUUGUAUGAAUCGAGCAUGCACAGUAGAACGGAUGAAUGAAACAAAUAUGCCGGAUGAAUUUCGCUCGUACCGCUUGAGUCAGCUUGAACGCACAGCUGAGGAUAUGGACCAAGACGCAGAUAAGACGCGGUUUUGUCAGCUUGACGAUGAAAAUAUGAGCGAAGAUGCCAUUUUCGUUGACCUCCUCAAAAAUCCUGAACGCUUUACUGGGUACUCGGGAGCAAGCGCCAACCGCGUGUGGCGAAGUAUUUACGAAGAAAACUGCUUCGGCGGCAUCAAAUGGACAGAGCCACCUCGACCUGAAUCCGAAGGUGGUGCAGGAUUUAUCUCUCAACAGCGCAUGAUUGGGACUAUCAAGGGUGUGCCAGCCACACUCCUAAAUCCUGAUCACCCACCGACCAAAGGCGGGUCGCUCGAGUCGCUGAUUGACUCAGUCAAGGCGCCUGUCGACCCAGCAUCGACUGAGCAAUGCCUGGAGAAGCGUGUGUUCUACCGAGUGAUUUCCGGGCUGCAUGCAUCAAUUUCCAUUCACAUCUGUAACGAGUACCUGGACCCUGUGACAAAGCAGUGGGGACCGAAUUUAGAGUGCUUCAUCUCGCGUAUUUCACAACAUCCCGAACGGCUGCAAAACGUGUACUUUGACUAUGUUCUCAUGAUGCGUGCGCUUUCCAAGGCUGGUGAAUACUUGGACAAAUUCUCGCUACGCGCGGGUGACGAGAUCCACGACAACGAGUCACGAAAGCAGCUGAAUGAACUGCUACAGAUUGCGCGCAAGAAUCGGCCGUCUUUCGACGAGCACAAACUCUUUGAGCUGAAUGACAAUCCAGAGCACAACCGCGAGACGCUUGCGUUGAAAGAGGACUUCCGUCUUCAUUUCCGCAAUAUCUCGAGGAUCAUGGACUGCGUGGGCUGUGACAAGUGCCGGUUAUGGGGCAAAGUCCAAGUAACGGGCAUAGGCACAGCCCUGCGCCUUCUCUUCGCGUUUGAGGCUGCAGAUGAAAAACCACAUAUUGUGUUGGGUCGCAAUGAAAUUGUCGCUCUCAUCAAUACAGCCCAUCGCAUUUCAGAGAGUAUUCGGGCUGUCGAAACGUUCCGCAAGCUUUAUCAUGAUACAAUGUCGUCGGCCAGCUCAGAACACGCAGAUCACACUUCAGCAAGGCAAGAACGUGAACUGCCGCCUAUUUCUUAUAUGCAAAAAACAUGGAAUGUCUUUGAAUCAGCCAUGGCCGGUAUAUAUGAACUCUUUGCGACGGAUGACUGGGCAGAAGCAGAAUUGUAG